UAAAGAUGACCGAAAGACUAGGAUUUCUGUAUCUCUUGUUAACAUUGUGGGUGCGAAAUACAAAGGAGAAUGGUGUUAAUGAAGAUAAUAGAGCUAACCCUGAAUUGCCUCAAAAUUGUUCAAAGAUUGUGAAGGAUGUCAAAAUCUACAGUCCCACACCAGAAAUCACCAUUGGAGCAAAAGUGACAUUGGUGUGCUACUGGGAGACAGAUUGUCUGCCAAUGAAUUACAUCUUAUUUUUAAACAGAGGAAAAGUGCAAGGUCCUGCACCACAGAGCAUGAAGAAACAAAAAGUUGUAUUUAACAUUACAAUCCAUUCCAUCAGUCAGCUGGGUCCAUAUAAGUGCAAAGCUGGAAACAAAUAUGAGGCAGCGUAUAGCCCAGGUUUCAACUUUACAUUAAGAGAAAAUAAUAAUCUAGUGGUUUUCAUUGUGCCUCCUCUCAUUCUCCUGCUGCUUUUGAUUGCAGCAAUUGUGACAAUUCGACUGUUGAUCCUUCCUUGGUGUAAGGCAAGGAAAUUGAAAUCAGCUAAUAUUUGCACUGCCUAUGAUGAUACUGGAGAGAACCAACUUGACAAUGAACAAUAUGUGGAUUACGGAAUAACUGAAGAAAAUAAAUAUUGCAAUUUGAAAAUGAAAACCAAGACAGAUUACAGAUACGUGAAUGACAGUGAAGACAGUACCAUAAUCUAUGCAGAUGUCAUCUGUAAAUAGAGUGAUUCCUUUAUACAACAAGGAUGAAUGUUUAAAUUAUUCUUUAGUUUCAUAUUAUUUUUGUCACUCUGUAUUUGUACAACAUGGCAGGCAAUCCAACAUCAGAGUAAGUACCUUAACAUUGAUGCAGUCCCCAGAAUCUCAUUUUUC